AUGAGGUGGCAGUGCGGCACUCGAUUUAGAGGGCUUCGGCCGGUGGCGGCGGCCCCAUGGGCAGCUCUGCUGGCACUGGCUCUCCCCGGUUGGGUGCUGGCUGUCUCGGCCACGGCGGCCGCUGCGGUCCCCGAGCAUCAUGCCUCCGCGGUCGGCCAGCCGCCCCUGGACUGGCUGCUCACAGAUCGGGGCCCGUUUCACCGUGCGCAGGAGUACACCGACUUCGUGGAGCGCUACCGCCAGGGUUUUACCACCAGAUACAGGAUCUACAGGGAGUUUGCACGUUGGAAAGUGAACAACCUGGCUCUAGAAAGGAAGGACUUCUUUAGUUUGCCAUUGCCUCUUGCCCCAGAGUUUAUCCGGAACAUUCGCCUCCUCGGAAGGAGACCCAACCUGCAACAGGUCACCGAAAACCUGAUCAAAAAGUAUGGCACUCACUUCUUACUUUCUGCCACCCUUGGAGGAGAAGAGUCCCUGACCAUUUUUGUGGACAAGCGGAAACUGAGCCGAAAGUCAGAGGUGGCAGGAAUUGCCCCUAUAGUCGGGGGCGGUGGAAACAGCUCUGCCGUGUCCCUGGAGACCCUGCACCAGCUGGCAGCCUCCUACUUCAUCGACAGAGAGAGCACCCUGCGACGGCUGCACCAUAUCCAGAUAGCCACAGGGGCCAUCAAGGUCACGGAGACCAGGACCGGUCCCCUGGGCUGCAGCAACUACGACAACCUGGACUCGGUCAGCUCUGUCCUGGUACAGAGUCCGGAGAACAAAGUGCAGUUACUUGGCCUGCAGGUGCUGCUGCCCGAGUACCUGCGGGAGCGCUUCGUGACCGCUGCGCUCAGCUACAUCACAUGCAGCUCUGAGGGCGAGCUCAUCUGCAAGGAGAAUGACUGUUGGUGCAAGUGCAGCCCCACCUUCCCAGAAUGCAACUGUCCUGACGCUGACAUCCAGGCCAUGGAGGACAGCCUGCUGCAGAUCCAGGACUCCUGGGUGACUCACAACCAGCAGUUUGAGGAGUCAGAGGAAUUCCAGGCCCUGCUGAAGCGGCUGCCGGACGACAGGUUCCUGAACUCCACAGCCAUCUCCCAGUUCUGGGCCAUGGACACCAGCCUCCAGCACCGCUUCCAGCAGCUGGGAGCCAGCUUGAAAGUGCUGUUCAAGAAGACCCAUCGGAUCAUCCGCCGGCUCUUCAACCUCUGCAAGCGCUGCCACCGGCAGCCCCGCUUCCGCCUGCCAAAGGAGAGGUCUUUGUCCUACUGGUGGAACCGUAUCCAGUCCCUCCUCUACUGUGGAGACAGCACCUUCCCUGGCACCUUCCUGGAACAGAGCCACAGCUGCACCUGCCCCUACGACCAGUCUUCCUGCCAGGGCCCCAUCCCUUGUGCCUUGGGCGAAGGGCCCGCCUGUGCCCACUGUGCCCCAGACAACAGCACACGCUGUGGGAGCUGCAACCCAGGCUACGUGCUCGCCCAGGGCUUGUGCCGCCCCGAGGUGGCCGAGUCGCUGGAGAACUUUCUGGGGCUGGAGACAGACCUGCAGGACCUGGAGCUGAAGUACCUGCUGCAGAAGUGGGACAGCCGCAUCGAGGUGCACUCCAUCUUCAUCAGCAAUGACAUGCGCCUGGGCAGCUGGUUCGACCCUUCCUGGAGGAAACGCAUGCUGCUCACCCUGAAGAGCAACAAGUACAAGCCUGGGCUGGUGCACGUGAUGCUGGCCCUGUCCCUGCAGAUCUGCCUCACCAAGAACAGCACCCUGGAGCCUGUCAUGGCCAUCUACGUCAACCCCUUUGGGGGCAGCCACUCUGAGAGCUGGUUCAUGCCCGUGAACGAGGGCAAUUUCCCAGACUGGGAAAGGACUAAUGUGGAUGCCGCUGCCCAGUGCCAAAACUGGACUAUUACCUUGGGCAAUAGGUGGAAGACCUUCUUUGAGACAGUCCAUGUUUACCUACGGAGCCGAAUCAAGUCCCUGGAUGACAGCUCCAAUGAGACAAUCUACUACGAGCCUCUGGAGAUGACCGAUCCCUCCAAGAACUUGGGCUACAUGAAAAUCAACACCUUGCAGGUCUUUGGCUACAGCCUGCCCUUUGACCCGGACGCCAUCCGGGACUUAAUUCUCCAGUUAGACUACCCAUACACUCAAGGUUCCCAGGACUCUGCCCUCUUGCAGCUCAUCGAGCUCAGGGACCGGGUCAACCAGCUUUCUCCACCUGGCAAGGUGCGGCUUGACCUUUUCUCCUGCUUGCUCCGGCAUCGCCUCAAGCUGGCCAACAAUGAGGUGGGCAGGAUUCAGUCCUCUCUGAGGGCUUUCAACUCCAAGCUGCCAAACCCUGUGGAGUAUGAGACAGGCAAACUCUGUAGCUAAUGGGGGACCCACUCCAGUGCCGGGCAGGGAGGGGGGGAUCCAUGAGUCCUG